AUGGCGUCUCCCGCACCGGAGCCUCUCACAAAUGGCAUCUCGACGCCGCCCACUACAGCCAACGCCGGCAACCCCAGUCCGCCGACCGCAUCGUCUACUCAAGCCAAUACCCAACAAACCUCACAGAUGAACGGCACAUUCGCAUCAACCGGCCCCUCGUCCACCGCCGCUCCCGCCGCUCCCAUAAAUCCAGCCUUCCCAUCAACCUCCCUUCAAGACUCAGGCACCAGCAAACGCCCCCGCGACGCGCGUCUCAUCCACCUCAUCCUCGCCAACAUGGGCGUGCACGCCUACACCGAACGCGUGCCCCUCCAACUCCUCGACUUCGCAUACCGCUACACGUCCGGCAUCCUAUCCGAUGCCCUCUCCUACGAACCUCCACCCCCUCACCAAACCACGACAGGCGGCGGCCGCGGUCGCGCAGCUAAGAACGACGACGACAGCGGCGGCAUCACCCUCAAUGCUCUCAGAACUGCCGUCGCGGCGCGCGCGGCCUCGCAGUUCACAUCGACUUUACCCAAGGAGUUCAUGACGGAUGUCGCUGGCGAGCGCAAUCGGAUCGCGCUUCCGCGCGUCGAAAAGGAAUGGGGGAUCCGUUUACCGCCCGAGCGGUACUGCUUCACGGGCGUUGGAUUCGGCGUGCGCGAGGCGUGGGAGGAAGACGGCGACGACGAGGACAUGGCGGAGAUUGGCGGCGGCGGCGCUGGGGUUGGCGGGCCUGUCGGUGGCGGGUUGGGCGCGGCGCUGGACGAUGGCGAUACGCUUAUGCAGGGGAUGGAGGAUGAGGAGGACGAGGAGCUCUUCGAGGAGGUCAUGGGGACUGGCGGGGCGGCUGCGCCUGCUGCUGGUGGAGCGUCGGGGGCUGAAGCGGCUUCGCAGGAUGCGGAUAUGACGAAUGGGUGA